CCACCAAAAAACGAUAUCCAUCAGCCCCGACUGACUUGUUGAUUGCCAAGGUCACAAAAUUCAACAUCAGUGUGGUCCAGGGAUUAACAACUCCGUGGAAAUGGAAAAGUUCAGGUGAAGAUCAAAGUCUUUAAUUUUUUGUCUCCAUCCAUGUAAACCAUUAACGCCAUGGAUUUUCUCUCUCACCUGCUAGCGAUUACAGGUCUCCUGGUAGGCUUGCUUUUACUGUAUCUAUGGUGGGUGAAAAAAACUCACAACAACGAAAUCAAUGGCAGAAAAUUAGCUCCAGAAGUGCCAGGUGGCCUUCCUAUAAUAGGUCAUCUCCACCAACUGGGUGCUCAAAGCACCCUUUUCCGAACUUUAGCGGACAUGGCUGACAAAUACGGACCCAUCUUCACCAUCUAUCUUGGAAAGAGCCCAGUGGUUGUGAUCAGCAGCUACGACGCAGUCAAAGAGUGCUUCACCAUAAACGACAAGACGUUCGCUUCCCGACCAAAGUCAGCCCACGGAAUAUACCUGGGCCACAACUAUGCCGGUUUUGGGUUCGCUAGUUAUGGUACAUAUUGGCGGGAGAUGAGAAAGCUGGUCUUGAUAGAGCUUCUCUCGAGCCGCAGAUUAGAAACCCUGAAAUUUGUGCAAAUCUCCGAGGUUGAAAUUUUUAUCAGAGACUUAUAUGGGGUUUGCAAGAGCAAUGAAUUUGGUCCCACUAAGGUGGUGAUGUGUAAGUGGCUUGAACACCUCACCUUGAACAUAAUCACUGAAAUGGUAGCAGGGAAGAGGUACUUUGAGAGUUUUGAUGGGGAAAAAAAUAGUGGAAGUGAUGGAGAGGCAGAGAGGGUUGGGAAGAUUAUAAAGGACUUCAUGGCCAUAUCUGGGGCUCCGGUAAUUUCCGAUAUGCUUCCGAUUCCGAAAUGGAUUGAUUCGGUUUUUGGGAAAUUGGGAGUUAUGAAGCGAAUUGGCAAGGAUUUAGAUUGUCUAAUGCAAAGCUGGAUUGAAGAACAUAAACAGAAGAGUAAAACUGAUCAAUCAAUUCGCAACAAGCAGGACUUCAUUGAUGUUAUGCUUUCUGUGAUUGAGGAUGAUUUUGAGUUCGGAUUUUCUCGGGAAACAAUCAUCAAGGGAACAAUCACGAGUCUUAUCAUCGCGGGCUCGGACACCACAGCUAUAAACCUGACAUGGAUCGUAUCCUUAUUGCUAAACAACAAACAUGUUCUAAAGAAAGCCCAAGAAGAACUUGAUCUCGUAGUUGGUAAAGAGAGAUGGGUGGAAGACUCUGAUAUAAAAAACCUGGUUUAUCUCCGAGCCAUUGUUAAGGAAACAUUGAGGUUAUACCCACCAGGACCAUUAGCAGUUCCACACGAAGCAAUGGAAGAUUGUAAGGUCUGCGGAUACGACGUCGAGAAGGGUAUGCGUUUGUUUGUGAAUGUAUGGAAACUGCAUCGAGACCCAAGUUAUUGGGAAGACCCUGAAGUGUUUUGCCCUGAGAGGUUUAUCACGAAGCAUUCAGGGAUUGAUGCUUCGGGUCUGCAUUUUGAGUUUAUACCAUUUGGGUCUGGAAGACGAUCUUGUCCAGGUAUGAAUUUCGCUUUGCAAGUCUCGCACUUGACACUUGGACGGCUUCUUCAAGGAUUUGAAUUGGAAACGCCAUUGGAUGGAGUACCAGUGGAUAUGAGUGAAGGAACGGGUGUGACAUUGCCCAAAACAACCCCACUUGAACUCGUAUUAACCCCGCGUCUGCCUCAUCAUCUUUAUCAAUAAGUAGUAGCACUGUGUUUCCUUGUUUUUUGUAUUGUGUUUUCCGUUUCACUUUUUGUGCCUUCUGUUUUGAUGAACAGUACUCUGUUUUUUAACAUCUAAAAAUUAAGAUGGGGACGAAAGAAAGCGUCUUAUUCCAGAAAAAAACAUGUGCUAUACAUAUAUAUCCAAUAUUUUUGACAGGAAUAAUCCUAUUCUUAUAUUU